AUGGCUGCAGUUCACGUUGUUUCGAAGCUGGAUAACUCUGAACAUGCUGUUUGCAAGAUCACAAGCGAUAAUUCAGUGCUUGCUCCCUCUUCGGUUCGAGCGCAGUCAUUGCUUAUCUCGCUGACCUCCAACAAUCUCACCUACGCCCGCAACGGAGGGCGACUGCAUUGGUGGGAUGUCUACCCAGUGCCGCCCGAUGCCCCGGCGCCUUUCAACAACCGGCAGGAAUGGGGCAUCGUGCCGGCAUGGGGAUAUGCCCGUGUUGUCGAGAGUACGGUCGAUGCCAUUGCCAAAGGUUCUCUCCUCUACGGCAUGUGGCCGACGUCAGUGCAUUUCGUCGACCUCCAGCUACGACGGUCUGAGCCUGCAGGGCAUUGGAUCGAAUGUAGCCCGCACCGGGACCAGCUCAUGACGGCCUACAACCACUACGAGGAAGCGUCUCCCACCGAUCCAUUGGAAUUGCAGAUGACGGCUCUUUGCAAACCACUGUCGGGCGGUCCAUCGCUGCUCAACUCCAGUGUCUUCUCAGCCCAGCGACUUCACCCUUUCGGGACAGGCGCUCCGUGGUCCGAGGAAGAUGCUGACUUGUCCUCGGCUGUGGUCAUCAGCCUUUCGGCCUCGAGCAAGACCGGGAGAAGCUUCUUCUGGGAGCUUGCACGCAACCGGGACACGGCGUCGAGCGGCCCUUUGGCCCUUUUGCAGUUGACCUCUGCACCCGAAACGCUUCCUCAGUAUGAAACCACUCUUCCCGUCAAAUCGAUGUUCUACGGCGACCUCGAUUCCGUAUCAUGGGCACAGCGUUUUCAGCCCUCACGCAUAGUGAUUCUUGACUUUGGUGCUCCUGACGCAGUCCUUGAAUCCGUACGGUCCUCAUCAUCCAAGAUCGCUGCCUCUGUGACAGUCAUAAGUAUUGGGUACGAGGCCAAGGUGUACAAGCCUGAGGAACUACAGGCACGCAUGGCUACCAACAGCUCAAAGGUACAGCUCAAUACGAGUGGACUGCGCGACCAAGCCGUCAAACUCGUGGGGGCAGACAACUACUUUCAGAGGCUGGACACGGAUUGGAAACGAUGGCUUGAGGAGAAGGCAUAUGGCGACCUACAGGCAAAGGUGAUGAGCGGUGUUGAGGGAAGACAGGGAAUCGAGGGAGCUUGGAGUGACUUGUGUCAGCGCAGAGUUCCGGCAAACGUGGGCAUGAUCGUCGACUUGUCGAAGUAG